GGGAGGAUGGAGGCGCCGGAGGGCGGCGGUGGCGCAGACGAUCGCGGGGCUCAAGACCCUGCCGCAGCCCCCAGCAAGGGGCCCGGCAGCGCCGGCCACUACGAGCUGCCGUGGGUUGAAAAAUAUCGGCCAGUAAAGUUGAAUGAAAUUGUUGGGAAUGAAGACACUGUGAGCAGACUGGAGGGGCCUCUGCCAAAGUCAACAGGCAACAUGGUUUUUGCCAGAGAAGGAAAUGUGCCCAAUAUUAUCAUUGCUGGCCCCCCAGGAACCGGCAAAACAACCAGCAUCCUGUGUUUGGCACGAGCCCUGCUGGGCCCAGCACUGAAGGACGCUGUGUUGGAGCUCAACGCCUCAAAUGACAGGGGCAUUGAUGUUGUGCGGAAUAAAAUCAAAAUGUUUGCCCAGCAGAAAGUCACCCUCCCCAAAGGGCGCCACAAGAUCAUCAUCUUGGACGAAGCGGACAGCAUGACUGAUGGAGCCCAGCAAGCCUUGAGGAGAACCAUGGAAAUCUACUCCAAAACAACUCGCUUUGCUCUUGCUUGUAACGCUUCAGAUAAAAUCAUAGAGCCCAUUCAGUCCCGGUGUGCUGUCCUCCGCUACACAAAGCUGACUGAUGCCCAGAUCCUCGCCCGGCUCUUGAAUGUCAUCGAGCAGGAGAAGGUGCCCCAUACCGACGACGGCCUGGAGGCCAUCAUCUUCACUGCCCAGGGAGACAUGAGGCAGGCUUUGAACAACUUGCAGUCUACUUUCUCAGGGUUCGGCUUUAUUAACAGUGAGAACGUGUUCAAGGUCUGUGACGAGCCCCACCCCUUGCUGGUGAAGGAGAUGAUCCAGCACUGUGUGAGCGCCAACAUCGACGAAGCUUACAAGAUUCUCGCUCACCUGUGGCAUCUGGGCUAUUCGCCAGAAGACAUCAUUGGCAACAUUUUCCGAGUGUGUAAAACCUUCCAAAUGGCCGAAUACUUGAAACUGGAGUUUAUUAAGGAAAUUGGAUACACUCAUAUGAAAGUAGCAGAAGGUGUGAGCUCUCUCCUGCAGAUGGCCGGGCUGCUGGCCAGGCUGUGUCAGAAGACCAUGGCCCCGGUGGCCAGCUAGAGCAGGAAACUUCUGAUUUGGUUACGAACUUCCUGAAUCCUGAGUGACAGGAGUCAGGCUUCUGAUGUGGGCAUAAUGCUGCCUCCUGCUGGAACUCGCUUCCCUCCAGACACCCCAGCCCUCCACGUUGCGCUGGCAUACCUCUGCCGACCCAGGAACACCUGCUUUCGGCCUGAGUCACUGAUGUGGUGACAGGGUGGAAGGGCCCCAGGGCAACUCUAGGCAGGGCACCCUGUGUGUUGGCAUUUUAGCUAAUAAAACUAUUGAAUUUUGUCAGCCAUGAGGUAGCAAGGUAAGGCCACGAGGAAAACCACCUUCCUUCCUGUCUGUACCUUGGCAUCCUACCGGUAGGAAAGGUGAUUUAAUGAUGGACUGGACAAGCUGAUUGUACUUUUUCAGGAAGCCUGGAGGAUAGUUCUAGGACUGAGGGGAAGCCUGCUAUUAAUUACUAUUAAUUAGCCUCAGAACAGCCCUGGGCUUUGAGCCCUUUGCAAAAGGACCUACGCACAGCACCAAGGAGGGUGUGCAGCCUGGCACAACGGGCUUCCCGCCUGGCCGCCUUUCUGCACAGCUGUACAUGUUCAUUGCUUUAGGAUUCCCCAGUGAGUGUCAUGCUAAUGUGUAGGGUUGCUUCUUUUUUUCUUUUGCAAGGUACUGUUUUUCCACUUCUUUAUGAAAAAUGUCAGUUGUGGGCCUCCCUGGUGGUGCAAGGGGUUGAGAUACAACCUGUGAAGCUAUUGCAGAACGAGUUCAAUUCCCGACCAGGGAGCCACCCACAUGGCGCAGCUGAUCUCUCCUAACUCACCCGCUGCUCCCCUCAGCAGUGGAUUUCAGUCAAUCUGACUGUUCUGUUCCCCACUCUGUCUCUGGUGAAUCCUCUUGCCCCCCACAUCUCAGGCCUGUACCCCAGAUCUUGUAUGCAUAAAUAAGUAAAUCUUUAAAAAAAAAAAAUGUCAGUUGCCCAUAAAGAUAGAAUGAUACAGUGAGCCUCCAUAUAUCCAUCGCCCACGUCAACAGUUUUACCAGCACAUGCCUGUUCUUUGUACCGCCCCUUCCUCACCACCAGCACACACACACCCUACUUCACACUGGAUUGUUUUGAAGCAAACCCCAGGCAUUUUGGGAGUGGUGCUUUUUUUUUUUUUUAAAGAUUUAUUUAUUUAUGCAUACAAGAACUUGAGUACAGGCCAGAGGUGCAGGGAGUGAGAGGAUUCACCAGAGACGGAGUAGGGAGCAGAACAGGCAGAUCUACUGAAAUACACUUCUGAGGGCAUCAGUGGGUGAGACAGGAGAGGUCUGCUGUGUCAUGUGGGUCAGCUCCUUGACCAGGGAUUGAACUCAUGCUGCAGUGGCUAUGGAUAGCCUCAGAGUGCUGAGACUUAACCCCUUGCAUCACGAGGGAGGCCCUGGAAUGGUGCUUUUAAGGGUGACUUCAUUUUGUGAUUGUGGUCUCUGAAAAGUUUCCAUUAAAACACUUAAACGACACGCUGGCUCCCGUCAGUUGGGCCACAGAGGUAUGGCUGUGCCCCUGCUACAGAGGGUUUUGCAAUAGCAGGCAAGCCUGUGUGCUUUUCUUCUCAAAUUCUCCCUCCAGAUCUUAGUUGACAGACAGCUCAUUCUCUGGCCUGAGCUGGAGCAGGAGGGGAGGACCUGUGGCAUGUCUGCUUGGUGCCACCCCCUCCAGCCAGCAUCAGUCACUGGACCACUGUUGAGUGGGACACUAAGGGGACAUAGGCAGGACUCAUAUCAUUGGCUUUUGGGUUAGGGUUUCAAUUAAGAGGAGAAAACGUAUGGUCCUCAAAAACUUGAAGGUGAAGUUUUAGGAAAAUACUUUCAUCUACCUUCUUAGUCUUACUAUUUUUUAAUCUGGAGGCUUAUGAUCUCUGUGAGGGGAAAUAAUUCAACCUGUUUGACAGGUGAGGACACAGGAACCAGAGGAGUGUCUGGAUUCUCCCACCACUCCUACCUGGAGCUUCACCACAGCUCUAUCAGGCCCCAGCUCUGUCAUGGGGCUUGUGAGGGCAGGACUUCUGGUGUGAGGGGACAAGUGGCCGACAAUUGUGUUUCAGUCACCCAACUUGUAGCAUUGAACUUCUCAGAAUCUGUGCUGCCCUAGAGGAGAGCUGGGCCUGGGGCAUACAUUCCUGCCCCCAGCCUUUUCUUUGGCCCCAGGAUCCCAUCCUAGUAAACAAGAGGCUUGAGCUCCACCUUCAUAGGAAGCAGGGGAAAGCAGACACAAGAGAAUUACUGCUCUUAAACUAAAAUGAUUUAUUGAGAUGUUUUGGUAGAAGAAAGCAUUUUUGUCCCUGACUGACUUUCUAACUUGGAAGAUCCCUUUGGGCUCCUUCCCGAGAGCCAGUUGGACUCCUGCCCAGUGAGCUCAGCUGAGGGCAGCACUGGAGCAGAGAAGGAUUUCAGGCACCUGCGGAGCCGCCCCCUCCACAAUGCCUGUCCUUAGCCUGUUCUUUCUAAGGACAGACACUGUCCAUGGCACCUGGUCCCACCAUAGGGUGGUGAGGGUGGCUGGCUGCAGCCUCAUCUUCCUGAGGCCAAAGGAAGGAGUGCCAGGGCGCCCCCUAGAGUCUUCUGACGAAGUACAUGUAAUGCUUACAGGAGACAAGGCCAUCUCUUACCCUGAAAUUUAGACUAUUAAAUAUGACUCCAUCUAUAUAAAUUAACUGUACAAGCUUAUCAGAAAAUAAUUCUGGCGACUGCAGUCGACAUUAGUAAGCAAUUUCGGAUCCAAAUCCAAAGCAAAAGAAACGAAUUCCAGUGUUGUAGGUGGGGGAUGGGACACGACCUUCCCGCAGUCCCAGGCAUCUGAUCGCCAGGCUCCUGCCCUGUCCCUCAGAGGCCAUGCCAGAGGGCAUCCCCAGUAAUUG